CCCGGAGGAGGAUGGCAGCCGGCGACGAGAAGCGGCACCUCCUGAGCGGGGCCCCGGGCGGGUCCUGCGCGGGGGCUGCGCGCAAGGACGGGCACGACGCGGGGCACGGACAGGAGCUCGCCCUGGAGCUGGGGACGCGGCGUGGCCAGCACUGCCACACGCGGGGCACCCAGGGCCACCCCGGCCAGCAGCGGCGGGCGCGCAGGAAGCUCUACCUGGCCGCUGGCAUCUGCCUCUUCUUCAUGGUGGGGGAAGCCGUGGGCGGGUACCUGGCACACAGCCUGGCCAUCCUGACGGACGCUGCCCACCUCCUGACGGACUUUGCCAGCAUCAUGAUCAGCCUCUUUGCGCUCUGGGUGUCUUCACGCCCGCCCACCAAAACCAUGAAUUUCGGAUGGCACCGGGCAGAGAUCCUGGGGGCCCUGCUCUCCGUGCUCUCCAUCUGGGUGGUCACCGGGGUCCUGGUCUACCUGGGGGCCCAGCGCCUGCUCUCGGGGGAGUACGACAUCGAGGGUGGGGUCAUGCUCAUCACCUCCGCCUGCGCCGUGGCCGUCAACAUCGUGAUGGGGGUGGCUCUGCACCAGACGGGGCACGGGCACAGCCACGGGGCAGCCGGCGAGCAGCCCAACGCCAGCGUCCGCGCCGCCUUCGUCCACGUCCUGGGGGACCUGCUGCAGAGCGUCGGCGUCCUCAUCGCCUCCUACAUCAUCUUCUUCAAGCCCGAGUACAAGUUCGUGGAUCCCAUCUGCACCUUCCUCUUCUCCGCUCUGGUGCUGGGGACGACGCUGACCAUCCUCCGCGACGUCCUCCUCGUCCUCAUGGAGGGGACCCCCAAAGGGAUGGAUUUCAACGCGGUGCGGGAGACGCUGCUGGCGGUGCGGGGCGUGGAGGCCGUGCACAGCCUGCACAUCUGGGCACUGACAGCGGCACAGCCACUGCUCUCGGUGCACAUCGCCAUCAACGCGGCUGCCAGCGCGCAGGAGGUGCUGGAGGAGGCCAGCUCCCGGCUGCAGGGAGCCUUCCGCUUCCACAGCACCACCAUCCAGGUGGAGAGCUACUCCGAGGAGAUGCGGGACUGCCGGGAAUGCCAGCCCCCCCCGCGACUGACUCCCGCCCUCGCCUCCCGGGGGAAUUUUCAUGUGCGGAAAAUAAAGCGGAGCUCACGGGGCUGUGGGGGGAUGUUGGGUCCGGGUGUUAUCUCCGCUGGGAGGAAAGACAGCUGA